AGUAAACUGGAUAAUCUGAUAGUAGUUGUCGAUGGGGACAGGGAUACCCCCGGGUCGUCUACUGAAAAUACGCCAUUACUGUCACAGAAAGAAAAACAGAAGAUCAAUCAAACAAACCAGAGAUGUCGCGCGAGUUUGUUGAAGGUGGUUAUGAGGGAGAACUGGUUUGACAUCCUAGAGUUCCUGUUCUACAGCUGGUUCUCUCUUGUAGCAUAUUGUAUCCUGCCUGCAUUACUAAGCUACCUCAUUGAUUUCAUAGACAACAAAUCUACCUCCGGGGCACCGCUAUGGGUUGGAAUAUUCUACGGUCUCGUCUGCGUGGUUUCAAUGGAAGGUUCUUCUAUAUUCUACAACGUGCAAUGUCAUCAUACAGCCACCGCGGGACUUAAAAUAAAACAUUCUUUAAUGUAUCUCAUAUAUCAGAAGGCUUUAACCGUUUCAAAAGCCGAGACGAGAAUAUCGGUUGGUGACGUAGUAAAUCACAUGUCUGUAGAUUGUCAGAGGAUACAAGAUUCUGUGUUUUACUCCUAUUAUCUUCCCGACGCCAUCAUCUUUCUAGCCGUAGCCUCAUAUCUCCUAUACAAUACCGUUGGCGGGGCGGCAACUCUUGGCGGCAUGACACUUCUCAUUUUGAUUGUACCGUUGAACGUGUAUAUCGUUCGUAAGCAAAAGCUCAUUCAGACACAACUGUUAAACAUUAAAGGACUCCGUGUGAGACUUAUGAAUGAGAUUCUAUCUGGAAUAAAGGUAUUGAAAAUGUACGCAUGGGAAUAUACUUUCAUGAACAAGAUCCAAGAUAUCCGCGAUAAGGAGGUGGCAUUUCUCAAACAGAACGCAACACUUAUGGCAAUCAGCACUUCCUUAGCCAAUCACAGCCCUUAUAUGAUCCAUCUAGUCUUGUUGUUGAUCUAUGUACUGACGUCACCGGACAGUUACGUCAGCUCAAGUGUCGUUUUUGUGUCAAUGUCCGUGAUUGUCAUCAUCAAAGGUCCACUAACUAUACUACCGACACUUUUGAACACCCUGGUCCAGGCGUACGUUUCAUUAACAAGAAUUGAAGAGUUUCUAUGUUCUUCCGACCUGGAUGAUACUGAAUUUGAUGUCGUUAAACCUGCAGAUUAUAGCGUUUAUGUACGCGAUGGAACGUUCACGUGGGAUACCGACGACCCGGAAGAGAGUCUGUCCAGAAUCAAUCUUAAGAUCCGAGCUGGCCAACUUAUUGCUGUGGUGGGAUACUGUGGUUCCGGCAAAUCAUCUUUGUUGUCGGCAAUUCUCGGAGAAAUGCGGAGAUUGAGCGGUCACGUGCAGGUCAAGGGAUCUGUUGCUUACGUCCCACAAGAAGCCUGGAUUCAGAAUAUGACAUUAAGAGACAAUGUUCUGUUUGGUAAAAGUUAUAAUCAUAGUAAGUACUGGAAGGUCAUAGAGAACUGUUCACUAAAAUCUGACCUGGCUAUGUUAGAUGGUGGAGAUGCUACUGAAAUCGGAGAAAAGGGUACGAAUAUUAGCGGAGGACAAAAACAAAGAAUCAGCAUGGCACGUGCUGUGUAUAGCAACGCAAACAUCUACUUCCUUGACGACCCUUUGUCAGCCGUUGACGCUCACGUGGGGAAGGACCUUUUUAAAAACGUCAUAGGAAACAGUGGCAUGUUGAAGAAUAAAACGAGAAUUCUGGUAACGCACGCUAUCCAUUGGUUACCGCUUGUUGACAACAUUAUUGUGAUGAAUGACGGUAAGAUAUCAGAAUGUGGCACGUAUGAUGAGCUAAUGAUGCACAAUGGACCUUUUGCCCAGUUUCUGCUUCAGUAUCUACAGAACGAGCCGCCUGAGGAGUUAAACGACCCAGAGAUUCAAUGGAUAAGAGAAAACAUGCUGGAACAAGUCGAGACAGUGACGUCAGAAGGUGGAGACGGAAACUCGUCAGAAGAUGCGGCGUCCAGGGUCAAGGGCAAAAAAUGGAAGAAGAAGAAAACACGUAAACGACAUUUGUCAAGCUUGUCAGUUAAUCAGUCAAGUAUUAGAGCAAUAUCUACACAGAUUGCCAUGACAACACAGGACACCACGCGCCUGACAACGGAAGAAGUGGUUCAUGAAGGAACGGUCAAGUUGGAAGUUUUGAUGGACUAUUUCAAGGCAAUGGGUAAAUGGGUGGCACUUACUUCAGUACUUCUAAUGGUAUCCUACCACACCCUGACAGUCUAUUCCAUGUUCUGGUUGACAUUCUGGACAGAGGAUCCGUUCUUAAAAAACCGUAGCAACGCUGUCCUUGACGAAUAUACAGAUAAAUCCAUCAAUUAUCUCAUCAUUUAUGCAGUACUGGGAGUAAUCCAAGGGAUUGCAGUUUUUGUGUCAUAUUACCUAGCGUUGAAUAGAUUGAUACAGGCGUCGUCAGUUCUUCAUUCUAAGAUGUUGACAAGCGUCCUCAGAUCACCGAUGUCUUUCUUUGAUAGUGUUCCAAUAGGAAGAAUUCUUAAUAGAUUCUCGAGCGACAUCGACACGUUAGACAAUAAAUUACCGGAAUCUUACCGUGUGUGGAUCAACAUGCUCUUGACGACGGUGUCGGCCAUUGUUGUCAUGGUGAUAAGCACACCAAUCUUCAUCCUCGUUAUUGUACCAACUGUUGUCAUCUUGGUUGCCAUUAUUUACUUUUAUCUGCCGACGACGCGCAAGAUGCGCCGGAUAGAGGCUGUCACGAGAUCACCCAUCUACAACUACUUCAGCGAAACCCUGACUGGAGCGGCUGUUAUCAGGGCUUUCAAAUGCAGUAACCGAUUUACUCAGGAGUUUUUCCGUCGUAACGACGAAAAUUCUACCUACUAUUUUGCUGCAAAUACUGGAGCAAGAUGGAUUGCUGUGCGUAUCGAGUUCCUGGGCAACAUCAUCCUCCUGGCGGCCAUUAUGAUCGCAAUAACCUCAGAUACCCACGGAGGCCAGCUCGGUCUGUCGGUUACUUACGCUGUCCAGAUAACGUUUUCGUUAAACACCGUUGUAUGGAGUGUUACAGAGAUGGAAAUGAACAUAGUCUCGGCUGAGAGAGUGCACGAGUUCUCCGAUCUUCCUUCAGAGGCCGAGUGGAAGGAAGACAAAGUUCCGCCGAGAAAAGACUGGCCGGCCACAGGAAGUAUAAGUUACAAGAAGUACUGCACGCGGUAUAGAGCGGGUCUGGAACUCGUGCUGCGAGGGAUUACAUUUAAUAUACGACACGGAGAAAAGAUUGGUGUUGUUGGUAGAACAGGCGCUGGUAAAUCUUCCCUAGCACUGAGUUUAUUUCGUAUUAUCGAGGCAAGCUCUGGCUCAAUCCUGAUCGAUGGCACGGAGAUUGCGGACCUUGGGCUUCACACCCUUCGCAGGAACAUCACAAUUCUUCCUCAAGAUCCCGUUUUGUUUUCUGGAACGCUGAAAUUUAACGUUGACCCCCUGAACGCGUUCUCUGAUGACGAGAUUUGGCGGGCCCUGGAAUGUGCACAUCUAAAAUCAUUUGCAAUGAAACAGCCAGAGGGUUUGUUGUAUGACUGUGGGGAAGCCGGUCAGAAUUUUAGUGUGGGUCAGAGACAGUUGGUGUGUCUAGCCCGGACGUUACUUAACAAGACUAACAUACUAGUACUGGACGAGGCGACAGCUGCCGUGGAUUUUGAGACCGACAAUUUGAUCCAGCAGACGAUAAAGUCACAGUUCACUGAUUGCACGAUUUUCACGAUCGCUCAUAGACUUAACACGAUCAUGGAUUACGACAGAGUUAUGGUCCUUGACAAAGGACUGAUUAAAGAAUUCGCAUCACCUAGAGAACUCCUAAACGACAAAGAAGGUAUAUUUCACUCGAUGGCAAAAGACGCACAGCUCGUGAAAACAUGAUAGAAUACGAGUGGAUAAAAAAUCAGUUGCUCUACAGUGAUUUGGAAGAGUUACAAAUCAAAAUAUUAAU